GUCCUUCUUUAUCGUUCUUUCUACAAAAAAAAGUGGGAGGAUGAUGUAGUGGGCGAGCCCCAGAGCUCGCAGAGUUGGUCCGGUCUCUACCCUUUGCUGCUGUCACAGCUCCUUGCAUGGGCUAGCGGGAAGGGUUAUCAUCCAUAUAAUCCGUUCUUCUUGCACUUGUCUUCUCUCUCAACCACUCCAGUUAGGCUGUCGGUUGUCAUCAGGGGAGCUGCACCAAAGAAAAGGAAAUCAUCGGGAGAACAAUGACCCAAAGGCAUUCAUAAAAUUAAAAUAAAAAGUUGCAAUUUAUUACUGGAUUGUUGCAAUUUAGCACAGGGUCACUAAUACCUGGUGAUUUGAUACAAAAUGCGGAAACAUCGAUACUUGCCAUUGUGCGCCCUCUUGGGCCUAAUACUCUCAGGCUUUCACUCCACCACCGAAGCGCAGGCCGCACAAGAGUCGGCUGACCUUAUAUUCUUAAUUGACGGAUCAGAUAACGUUGGAGCUGCCAACUUCCCAAUCAUCCGUGAUUUUGUUCUAAAUUUCAUUGAUAACCUCGAUGUGGGAGAUGAUGCAAUGAGAGUUGCUGUUGUUCAGUAUAGCGAUGAUCCCAACAUUGAGUUCUAUUUAAGUAGCUACAGCACCAAAACUGAGGUUAUGGAUGCCGUGAAGGGACUUAGCUUCAAAGGCGGCGCGGAGGCUAAUAUUGGGGCUGCUCUGGAGUCAGUGGCUCAAAACCUCUUCACAGCAGGCGCAGGCAGCAGAGGAGAGGAUGGGGUGCCCCAAACUUUAGUGGUUAUCAGCGCUGGGCAAUCCAGCGACGAUAUCAGAGAGGGGCAGUUUGCUCUAAAUCAAGCUAGCAUUUAUACUUUUGGCAUUGGGGCUGGGAUUGCAGACACCUCGGAGCUUGAGCAGAUUGCCACGAAUCCCAGCUUUGUGUUUGCAGCUGCAAAUUUCGAUGACAUUGAUGACCUGCAAGAUCAGUUACUGCCCUUAAUUAAUGGGGUGGCCCAGCGAACCAUUGUCAUUCAGCCCUCAACCAUAUUCACAGAAGUUUCUCAAGUCAGCAGGAGGGACAUUGUCUUCCUUAUAGAUGGGUCCCAGAUUAUGGGUAAUGCCCCUUUUACUGCCAUUCGUAACUUUAUAGUGGACUUUAUCAACAAACUUCCAAUUGGACCUGACCAGGUUCAAGUCGCUGUGGCCCAGUACACCAGUGACGUUAGAAUUGAGUUCGAUCUGAACAGCCAUGCAACAAAAGAAUUGGCAGCGGCUGCUGUAAAGAAGCUGAAAAUAAAAGGAGGCUCACAAGUAGCAAAUACAGGAGCUGCCCUGGACUUUGUCAGAACCAACAUGUUUAUCCCGUCUAAAGGGAGCAGAAUACAGCAGAAUGUGCCCCAACUUAUGAUCCUGUUCACUGCCAAAAAGUCCAGCGAUUCUAUCAUCCAGCCAGCUGAAGAGAUGAAACGCAGUGGCAUCUUAACUUUGGCUGCUGGGGCCAGGAACGCUGACAUUAAAGAGCUUUCACAGAUAGCGUUUGACGAGAAGUUGGCCUUCAUGGUAAAGGAUUUCCGUGGGCUGUUUAAGACUCCACAGACAAUUAUUGCCCCACUGACUACUCUGUCUGGAGUGAUUAUCAUGGAGGAGCCAACAGAAGUUAUAAUAACAACAACACAGACUAUUCCAAGAGUCGUGCGGGACAUUGUUUUCGUCGUUGAUGGAUCAAGCAAUGUUGGAAACGCUAAUUUCCCUUAUGUGCGUGACUUCAUCACAAAUGUCGUGAAUAACCUCAAUGUUGAACCGGAUAAAGUUAGAAUUGGCCUGUUGCAGUACAGCGGUGAUCAGCGCACAGAGUUUUAUUUAAGGACCCACACCACCAAGGAUCAAGUGUUAGCCAACAUAGCUCAGCUCAGGCUUAAAGGUGGAGCGGGCUUAAACACUGGUGCUGCUCUGGAGUACGCCCUUGCCAACCACUUCACGAGAGAAGCGGGGUCACGGAGUGCUGAUGGUGUAGCACAAGCCUUAGUGCUUAUAACAGCAGGCAUAUCUCAGGACGAGGUCAGAAGAAUCGCUGAUAAAGUAGCCAGUGCAGGUGUUGUGACAUUUGCUGUCGGAGUGGGCCGUGCAGACCAAGAAUUUCUGCAGCCAAUUGCCUUUGCCCCUUCUCUUGCUUACUACACAAGCGCCUUUACUGAUCUGACAGGCAUUGUGGGAGAGCUGAUGAAUCCUUUGCAGACAGUGGUGGGUGAAGUUGAGACGACUGUGGUUAUAGACGAAGGUGUCAAAAAAGAUGUUGUAUUCCUGAUUGACGGCUCUGACGAUGUAGGAGGGGAUUUUUCCUAUAUCCGUGACUUCAUUUCACAAGUAAUCCAAACGCUUAACGUUGGAAUCGACAAGGUGCGCAUUUCUGUGGUCCAGUACAGUGACAGUGCAUCUCCCAGUUUCUACCUGAACUCCUUCACAACCAAAGAACAGGUCCUAAACGCUGUCAGUGGCCUCUCACUUACAGGCGGAACAUCCUUAAACACCGGUGCAGCACUUAGUUUCCUAAAAGACACUAUCUUUACACCCACUUACGGAAGCAGAAUUUCAGAAAAUGUCCCACAGUUCCUCAUUGCUGUGUCUGCAAGAAGGUCGGAAGACAGUGUCCAAGAGCCAGCAAGAGCCCUAAAGUCAGCUGGGGUUGUGCCUUUCACCAUUGGAGUCAAGAACGCUGACACCAGAGAGAUAAGAGAAAUUGCACACAAUCCUUCUUUCGCAUUUACCAUCAGUGACUUCAGCCAGCUUACCUCAGUCCAGCAGCAACUUGAAAACCAUGUGAUCACUCUGACCAAGACAUCUAUUGGAAACUUAAUCCCAACAGUUGUUACUGAAGCCAUCAAAAGAGAUGUUGUGUUUCUGCUUGAUGGUUCUGAUGACACUAGAAAUGGAUUCCCAGCAAUCCGUGAUUUUGUUCAAAGAGUAGUGGAGAACAUGGAUGUGCAGGAAAACAAAGAUCAAGUUGCUGUGGUGCAGUACAGUAAUGACCCAGAAGCAAAUUUCUACCUGAAUACAUACUCAACCAAGGAUGAUGUCCUUAAUACAAUCCGAGGCCUGACACAUAAAGGUGGAAGACCCCUCAACACUGGGGCAGCUCUCCAGUUUGUUAUGGACAAUGUCUUUACUGCUUCUUCUGGUAGCAGACGUCUUGAGGGUGUGCCCCAGGUUUUAAUUCUGCUGACUGGUGGAAGGUCCAGAGAUGAUGUUGGGGCUUCAGCAACUGCUCUAAAAGGGCUUGGGGUUGUGCCUUUUAGUAUUGGAACAAGAAAUGCAGAUACUAGGGAGCUGCAAACAAUUUCUUUCACCUCUGAUUUUAUUUACCCAAUCCCUGGAUUUAGUGACCUGCAAACUAUCCAGCAACAGCUGCUGUCCUCAGUUAAAAGCAUAUCUAAAAGUGAAAGUAUACAGCCUGAAACUCCAACGCUUAUAGUUGAAACUGAUGCUGUGAGAAGGGAUGUUGUGUUUCUGCUCGAUGGUUCUGAUGACACUAGAAAUGGAUUCCCAGCAAUCCAAUUAUUUGUUCAAAGAGUAGUGGAGAACCUUGAUGUGGAAGCAAACAGAGAUCGAGUUGCUGUGGUCCAGUACAGUAAUGAUCCACAAGCAUAUUUCUACCUGAAUACAUAUUCAACCAAGGAUGAUGUCCUUAAUACCAUCAGAGGCCUGACACAUAAAGGUGGAAGACCCCUCAACACUGGGGCAGCUCUCCAGUUUAUUAUGGACAAUGUCUUUACUGCUUCUUCUGGUAGCAGACGUCUUGAGGGUGUGCCCCAGGUUUUAAUUCUGCUGACUGGUGGAAGGUCCAGAGAUGAUGUUGGAGCUUCAGCAACUGCUCUAAAAGGGCUUGGGGUUGUGCCCUUUGGUAUUGGAACAAGAAAUGCAGAUAUUCUUGAGCUACAAGCAAUUUCAUAUAAUCCUAGUUAUGCUUUGUCUGUUCCUGACUUUGAUGAUCUUGAUACCAUCCAACAGCAACUUUUAUCCUCUGUUGCAAGAGUUGCUCGACAGGGAAGGCCAGAGACCCCAACAGUCAUAGUUGAAAGAGAUUCUGCCCAAAGGGAUGUUGUGUUUCUGCUUGAUGGGUCUGAUGACACUAGAAAUGGAUUCCCAGCAAUCCGUGAUUUUGUUCGAAGAGUAGUGGAGAACAUGGAUGUGCAGGAAAACAAAGAUCAAGUCGCUGUGGUGCAGUACAGUAAUGAUGCAGCAGCAGCUUUCUACCUGAAUACAUAUUCAACCAAGGAAGAUGUCCUUAAUACCAUCAGAGGCCUGACACAUAAAGGUGGAAGACCCCUCAACACUGGGGCAGCUCUCCAGUUUGUUGUGGACAAUGUCUUUACUGCUUCUUCUGGUAGCAGACGUCUUGAGGGUGUGCCCCAGAUUUUAAUUCUGCUGACUGGUGGAAGGUCCAGAGAUGAUGUAAGGGGUCCAGUAACUGCUGUAAAAGGGCUUGGGAUUGUUCCUUUUGGUAUUGGAACAAGAAACGCAGAUACUCUCGAAUUACAAGCAAUCUCUUACGACCCUAGUUACGCUUUGUUUGUCACUGGUUUUGGUGACCUUUUAAACAUCCAGCAGCAGCUUUUAUUAUCUGUGAAAAGAGUUACUCAACCAAGAGAACCACCAACAGUCUUAGUUGAAUCAGGAACUGCCCAAAGAGAUGUUGUGUUUCUGCUUGAUGGUUCUGAUGCCACUAGAAAUGGAUUUCCAGCAAUCCGCGAGUUUGUUCGAAGAGUAGUGGAGAACAUGGAUGUGCAGGAAAACAAAGAUCAAGUCGCUGUGGUGCAGUACAGUAAUGAUGCAGCAGCAGCUUUCUACCUGAAUACAUAUUCAACCAAGGAUGAUGUCCUUAAUACCAUCAGAGGCCUGACACAUAAAGGUGGAAGACCCCUCAACACUGGAGCAGCUCUCCAGUUUAUUAAGGACAAUGUCAUUACUGCUUCUUCUGGUAGCAGACGUCUUGAAGGUGUUCCACAGGUUUUAAUUCUGCUGACUGGUGCAAGGUCCAGAGAUGAUGUUAGAAGUCCAGCCAGUGCUCUGAAAGAGCUUGGAGUUGUGUCUUUUGUUGUUGGAAUGAGGAAUGCAGAUACUCUUGAGUUGCAAACAAUUUCAUACAAUCCUAGCUCUGCUUUGUCUGUCACUGAUUUUGAUGAACUUCCAAACAUUCAGCAGCAGCUUUUAUCAUCUGUGACAAAAGUUACCCGACAGAGAAUGCCAGAAUCACCAACAGUCUUAGUUCAAAGAGAAGAUGCUCAAAGGGAUGUUGUGUUUCUGCUUGAUGGUUCUGAUGCCACUAGAAAUGGAUUCCCAGCAAUCCGUGAUUUUGUUCGAAGAGUAGUGGAGAACAUGGAUGUGCAGGAAAACAAAGAUCAAGUCGCUGUGGUGCAGUACAGUAAUGAUGCAGCAGCAGCUUUCUACCUGAAUACAUACUCAACCAAGGAUGAUGUCCUUAAUACCAUCAGAGGCCUGACCCAUAAAGGUGGAAGACCCCUCAACACUGGGGCAGCUCUCCAGUUUGUUAUGGACAAUGUCUUUACUGCUUCUUCUGGUAGCAGACGUCUUGAGGGUGUGCCCCAGGUUUUAAUUCUGCUGACUGGUGGAAGGUCCAGAGAUGAUGUUGGAGCUUCAGCAACUGCUCUAAAAGAGCUUGGGGUUGUGCCUUUUGGUAUUGGAACAAGAAAUGCAGAUACUAGGGAGCUGCAAACAAUUUCAUACAACCCUACUUUUGCUCUUUCUGUUUCUGACUUCUCUGACCUUCCAAACAUCCAGCAGCAACUUCUAACCUCCGUGACAAAAGUUGCCAGAGAGAGAACAACAGAGACACCAACAGUCGUAGUUGAAAGAGAUUCUGCCCAAAGAGAUGUUGUGUUUCUGCUUGAUGGUUCUGAUGCCACUAGAAAUGGAUUCCCAGCAAUCCGUGAUUUUGUUCGAAGAGUAGUGGAGAACAUGGAUGUGCAGGAAAACAAAGAUCAAGUCGCUGUGGUGCAGUACAGUAAUGAUGCAGCAGCAGCUUUCUACCUGAAUACAUACUCAACCAAGGAUGAUGUCCUUAAUACCAUCAGAGGCCUGACCCAUAAAGGUGGAAGACCCCUCAACACUGGGGCAGCUCUCCAGUUUGUUAUGGACAAUGUCUUUACUGCUUCUUCUGGUAGCAGACGUCUUGAGGGUGUGCCCCAGGUUUUAAUUCUGCUGACUGGUGGAAGGUCCAGAGAUGAUGUUGGAGCUUCAGCAACUGCUCUAAAAGAGCUUGGGGUUGUGCCUUUUGGUAUUGGAACAAGAAAUGCAGAUACUAGGGAGCUGCAAACAAUUUCAUACAACCCUACUUUUGCUCUUUCUGUUUCUGACUUCUCUGACCUUCCAAACAUCCAGCAGCAACUUCUAACCUCCGUGACAAAAGUUGCCAGAGAGAGAACAACAGAGACACCAACAGUCGUAGUUGAAAGAGAUUCUGCCCAAAGAGAUGUUGUGUUUCUGCUUGAUGGUUCUGAUGCCACUAGAAAUGGAUUCCCAGCAAUCCGUGAUUUUGUUCGAAGAGUAGUGGAGAACAUGGAUGUGCAGGAAAACAAAGAUCAAGUCGCUGUGGUGCAGUACAGUAAUGAUGCAGCAGCAGCUUUCUACCUGAAUACAUACUCAACCAAGGAUGAUGUCCUUAAUACCAUCAGAGGCCUGACCCAUAAAGGUGGAAGACCCCUCAACACUGGGGCAGCUCUCCAGUUUGUUAUGGACAAUGUCUUUACUGCUUCUUCUGGUAGCAGACGUCUUGAGGGUGUGCCCCAGGUUUUAAUUCUGCUGACUGGUGGAAGGUCCAGAGAUGAUGUUGGAGCUUCAGCAACUGCUCUAAAAGAGCUUGGGGUUGUGCCUUUUGGUAUUGGAACAAGAAAUGCAGAUACUAGGGAGCUGCAAACAAUUUCAUACUACCCUACUUUUGCUCUUUCUGUUUCUGACUUCUCUGACCUUCCAAAUAUCCAGCAGCAACUUGUAUCCUCUGUGACAAAAGUUGCCAUAGAGAGAACAACAGGAACACCAACAAUCAUAGUUGACAAAGAAGGUGCCCAAAGGGAUGUUGUGUUUCUGCUUGACGGGUCUGAUGAUACUAGGAGUGGAUUCCCAGCAAUCCGUGAUUUUGUUCGAAGAGUAGUGGAGAACAUGGAUGUGCAGGAAAACAAAGAUCAAGUUGCUGUGGUGCAGUACAGUAAUGACCCAGAAGCAAAUUUCUACCUGAAUACAUACUCAACCAAGGAUGAUGUCCUUAAUACAAUCCGAGGCCUGACACAUAAAGGUGGAAGACCCCUCAACACUGGGGCAGCUCUCCAGUUUGUUAUGGACAAUGUCUUUACUGCUUCUUCUGGUAGCAGACGUCUUGAGGGUGUGCCCCAGGUUUUAAUUCUGCUGACUGGUGGAAGGUCCAGAGAUGAUGUUGGGGCUUCAGCAACUGCUCUAAAAGGGCUUGGGGUUGUGCCUUUUGGUAUUGGAACAAGAAAUGCAGAUACUAGGGAGCUGCAAACAAUUUCAUACAACCCUACUUUUGUUCUUUCUGUUUCUGACUUCUCUGACCUUCCAAAUAUCCAGCAGCAACUUGUAUCCUCUGUGACAAAAGUUGCCAGAGAGAGAACAACAGAGAGAACAACAGAGACACCAACAGUCGUAGUUGAAAGAGAUUCUGCCCAAAGAGAUGUUGUGUUUCUGCUUGAUGGUUCUGAUGCCACUAGAAAUGGAUUCCCAGCAAUCCGUGAUUUUGUUCGAAGAGUAGUAGAGAACAUGGAUGUGCAGGAAAACAAAGAUCAAGUCGCUGUGGUGCAGUACAGUAAUGAUGCAGCAGCAGCUUUCUACCUGAAUACAUAUUCAACCAAGGAUGAUGUCCUUAAUACCAUCAGAGGCCUGACCCAUAAAGGUGGAAGACCCCUCAACACUGGGGCAGCUCUCCAGUUUGUUAUGGACAAUGUCUUUACUGCUUCUUCUGGUAGCAGACGUCUUGAGGGUGUGCCCCAGGUUUUAAUUCUGCUGACUGGUGGAAGGUCCAGAGAUGAUGUUGGAGCUUCAGCAACUGCUCUAAAAGAGCUUGGGGUUGUGCCUUUUGGUAUUGGAACAAGAAAUGCAGAUACUAGGGAGCUGCAAACAAUUUCAUACUACCCUACUUUUGCUCUUUCUGUUUCUGACUUCUCUGACCUUCCAAAUAUCCAGCAGCAACUUGUAUCCUCUGUGACAAAAGUUGCCAUAGAGAGAACAACAGGAACACCAACAAUCAUAGUUGACAAAGAAGGUGCCCAAAGGGAUGUUGUGUUUCUGCUUGACGGGUCUGAUGAUACUAGGAGUGGAUUCCCAGCAAUCCGUGAUUUUGUUCGAAGAGUAGUGGAGAACAUGGAUGUGCAGGAAAACAAAGAUCAAGUUGCUGUGGUGCAGUACAGUAAUGACCCAGAAGCAAAUUUCUACCUGAAUACAUACUCAACCAAGGAUGAUGUCCUUAAUACAAUCCGAGGCCUGACACAUAAAGGUGGAAGACCCCUCAACACUGGGGCAGCUCUCCAGUUUGUUAUGGACAAUGUCUUUACUGCUUCUUCUGGUAGCAGACGUCUUGAGGGUGUGCCCCAGGUUUUAAUUCUGCUGACUGGUGGAAGGUCCAGAGAUGAUGUUGGGGCUUCAGCAACUGCUCUAAAAGGGCUUGGGGUUGUGCCUUUUGGUAUUGGAACAAGAAAUGCAGAUACUAGGGAGCUGCAAACAAUUUCAUACAACCCUACUUUUGUUCUUUCUGUUUCUGACUUCUCUGACCUUCCAAAUAUCCAGCAGCAACUUGUAUCCUCUGUGACAAAAGUUGCCAGAGAGAGAACAACAGAGAGAACAACAGAGACACCAACAGUCGUAGUUGAAAGAGAUUCUGCCCAAAGAGAUGUUGUGUUUCUGCUUGAUGGUUCUGAUGCCACUAGAAAUGGAUUCCCAGCAAUCCGUGAUUUUGUUCGAAGAGUAGUAGAGAACAUGGAUGUGCAGGAAAACAAAGAUCAAGUCGCUGUGGUGCAGUACAGUAAUGAUGCAGCAGCAGCUUUCUACCUGAAUACAUAUUCAACCAAGGAUGAUGUCCUUAAUACCAUCAGAGGCCUGACCCAUAAAGGUGGAAGACCCCUCAACACUGGGGCAGCUCUCCAGUUUGUUAUGGACAAUGUCUUUACUGCUUCUUCUGGUAGCAGACGUCUUGAGGGUGUGCCCCAGGUUUUAAUUCUGCUGACUGGUGGAAGGUCCAGAGAUGAUGUUGGAGCUUCAGCAACUGCUCUAAAAGAGCUUGGGGUUGUGCCUUUUGGUAUUGGAACAAGAAAUGCAGAUACUAGGGAGCUGCAAACAAUUUCAUACUACCCUACUUUUGCUCUUUCUGUUUCUGACUUCUCUGACCUUCCAAAUAUCCAGCAGCAACUUGUAUCCUCUGUGACAAAAGUUGCCAUAGAGAGAACAACAGGAACACCAACAAUCAUAGUUGACAAAGAAGGUGCCCAAAGGGAUGUUGUGUUUCUGCUUGACGGGUCUGAUGAUACUAGGAGUGGAUUCCCAGCAAUCCGUGAUUUUGUUCGAAGAGUAGUGGAGAACAUGGAUGUGCAGGAAAACAAAGAUCAAGUUGCUGUGGUGCAGUACAGUAAUGACCCAGAAGCAAAUUUCUACCUGAAUACAUACUCAACCAAGGAUGAUGUCCUUAAUACAAUCCGAGGCCUGACACAUAAAGGUGGAAGACCCCUCAACACUGGGGCAGCUCUCCAGUUUGUUAUGGACAAUGUCUUUACUGCUUCUUCUGGUAGCAGACGUCUUGAGGGUGUGCCCCAGGUUUUAAUUCUGCUGACUGGUGGAAGGUCCAGAGAUGAUGUUGGGGCUUCAGCAACUGCUCUAAAAGGGCUUGGGGUUGUGCCUUUUGGUAUUGGAACAAGAAAUGCAGAUACUAGGGAGCUGCAAACAAUUUCAUACAACCCUACUUUUGUUCUUUCUGUUUCUGACUUCUCUGACCUUCCAAAUAUCCAGCAGCAACUUGUAUCCUCUGUGACAAAAGUUGCCAGAGAGAGAACAACAGAGAGAACAACAGAGACACCAACAGUCGUAGUUGAAAGAGAUUCUGCCCAAAGAGAUGUUGUGUUUCUGCUUGAUGGUUCUGAUGCCACUAGAAAUGGAUUCCCAGCAAUCCGUGAUUUUGUUCGAAGAGUAGUAGAGAACAUGGAUGUGCAGGAAAACAAAGAUCAAGUCGCUGUGGUGCAGUACAGUAAUGAUGCAGCAGCAGCUUUCUACCUGAAUACAUAUUCAACCAAGGAUGAUGUCCUUAAUACCAUCAGAGGCCUGACCCAUAAAGGUGGAAGACCCCUCAACACUGGGGCAGCUCUCCAGUUUGUUAUGGACAAUGUCUUUACUGCUUCUUCUGGUAGCAGACGUCUUGAGGGUGUGCCCCAGGUUUUAAUUCUGCUGACUGGUGGAAGGUCCAGAGAUGAUGUUGGAGCUUCAGCAACUGCUCUAAAAGAGCUUGGGGUUGUGCCUUUUGGUAUUGGAACAAGAAAUGCAGAUACUAGGGAGCUGCAAACAAUUUCAUACUACCCUACUUUUGCUCUUUCUGUUUCUGACUUCUCUGACCUUCCAAAUAUCCAGCAGCAACUUGUAUCCUCUGUGACAAAAGUUGCCAUAGAGAGAACAACAGGAACACCAACAAUCAUAGUUGACAAAGAAGGUGCCCAAAGGGAUGUUGUGUUUCUGCUUGACGGGUCUGAUGAUACUAGGAGUGGAUUCCCAGCAAUCCGUGAUUUUGUUCGAAGAGUAGUGGAGAACAUGGAUGUGCAGGAAAACAAAGAUCAAGUUGCUGUGGUGCAGUACAGUAAUGACCCAGAAGCAAAUUUCUACCUGAAUACAUACUCAACCAAGGAUGAUGUCCUUAAUACAAUCCGAGGCCUGACACAUAAAGGUGGAAGACCCCUCAACACUGGGGCAGCUCUCCAGUUUGUUAUGGACAAUGUCUUUACUGCUUCUUCUGGUAGCAGACGUCUUGAGGGUGUGCCCCAGGUUUUAAUUCUGCUGACUGGUGGAAGGUCCAGAGAUGAUGUUGGGGCUUCAGCAACUGCUCUAAAAGGGCUUGGGGUUGUGCCUUUUGGUAUUGGAACAAGAAAUGCAGAUACUAGGGAGCUGCAAACAAUUUCAUACAACCCUACUUUUGUUAUUUCUGUUUCUGACUUCUCUGACCUUCCAAAUAUCCAGCAGCAACUUGUAUCCUCUGUGACAAAAGUUGCCAGAGAGAGAACAACAGAGACACCAACAGUCGUAGUUGAAAGAGAUUCUGCCCAAAGGGAUGUUGUGUUUCUGCUUGAUGGUUCUGAUGCCACUAGAAAUGGAUUCCCAGCAAUCCGUGAUUUUGUUCGAAGAGUAGUGGAGAACAUGGAUGUGCAGGAAAACAAAGAUCAAGUCGCUGUGGUGCAGUACAGUAAUGAUGCAGCAGCAGCUUUCUACCUGAAUACAUACUCAGCCAAGGAUGAUGUCCUUAAUACCAUCAGAGGCCUGACACAUAAAGGUGGAAGACCCCUCAACACUGGGGCAGCUCUCCAGUUUGUUAUGGACAAUGUCUUUACUGCUUCUUCUGGUAGCAGACGUCUUGAGGGUGUGCCCCAGGUUUUAAUUCUGCUGACUGGUGGAAGGUCCAGAGAUGAUGUUGGAGCUUCAGCAACUGCUCUAAAAGAGCUUGGGGUUGUGCCUUUUGGUAUUGGAACAAGAAAUGCAGAUACUAGGGAGCUGCAAACAAUUUCAUACUACCCUACUUUUGCUCUUUCUGUUUCUGACUUCUCUGACCUUCCAAAUAUCCAGCAGCAACUUGUAUCCUCUGUGACAAAAGUUGCCAUAGAGAGAACAACAGGAACACCAACAAUCAUAGUUGACAAAGAAGGUGCCCAAAGGGAUGUUGUGUUUCUGCUUGACGGGUCUGAUGAUACUAGGAGUGGAUUCCCAGCAAUCCGUGAUUUUGUUCGAAGAGUAGUGGAGAACAUGGAUGUGCAGGAAAACAAAGAUCAAGUUGCUGUGGUGCAGUACAGUAAUGACCCAGAAGCAAAUUUCUACCUGAAUACAUACUCAACCAAGGGUGAUGUCCUUAAUACAAUCCGAGGCCUGACACAUAAAGGUGGAAGACCCCUCAACACUGGGGCAGCUCUCCAGUUUGUUAUGGACAAUGUCUUUACUGCUUCUUCUGGUAGCAGACGUCUUGAGGGUGUGCCCCAGGUUUUAAUUCUGCUGACUGGUGGAAGGUCCAGAGAUGAUGUUGGGGCUUCAGCAACUGCUCUAAAAGGGCUUGGGGUUGUGCCUUUUGGUAUUGGAACAAGAAAUGCAGAUACUAGGGAGCUGCAAACAAUUUCAUACAACCCUACUUUUGUUCUUUCUGUUUCUGACUUCUCUGACCUUCCAAAUAUCCAGCAGCAACUUGUAUCCUCUGUGACAAAAGUUGCCAGAGAGAGAACAACAGAGACACCAACAGUCGUAGUUGAAAGAGAUUCUGCCCAAAGAGAUGUUGUGUUUCUGCUUGAUGGUUCUGAUGCCACUAGAAAUGGAUUCCCAGCAAUCCGUGAUUUUGUUCGAAGAGUAGUGGAGAACAUGGAUGUGCAGGAAAACAAAGAUCAAGUCGCUGUGGUGCAGUACAGUAAUGAUGCAGCAGCAGCUUUCUACCUGAAUACAUACUCAACCAAGGAUGAUGUCCUUAAUACCAUCAGAGGCCUGACACAUAAAGGUGGAAGACCCCUCAACACUGGGGCAGCUCUCCAGUUUGUUAUGGACAAUGUCUUUACUGCUUCUUCUGGUAGCAGACGUCUUGAGGGUGUGCCCCAGGUUUUAAUUCUGCUGACUGGUGGAAGGUCCAGAGAUGAUGUUGGGGCUUCAGCAACUGCUCUAAAAGGGCUUGGGGUUGUGCCUUUUGGUAUUGGAACAAGAAAUGCAGAUACUAGGGAGCUGCAAACAAUUUCAUACUACCCUACUUUUGCUCUUUCUGUUUCUGACUUCUCUGACCUUCCAAAUAUCCAGCAGCAACUUGUAUCCUCUGUGACAAAAGUUGCCAUAGAGAGAACAACAGGAACACCAACAAUCAUAGUUGACAAAGAAGGUGCCCAAAGGGAUGUUGUGUUUCUGCUUGAUGGGUCUGAUGAUACUAGGAGUGGAUUCCCAGCAAUCCGUGAUUUUGUUCGAAGAGUAGUGGAGAACAUGGAUGUGCAGGAAAACAAAGAUCAAGUUGCUGUGGUGCAGUACAGUAAUGACCCAGAAGCAAAUUUCUACCUGAAUACAUACUCAACCAAGGAUGAUGUCCUUAAUACAAUCCGAGGCCUGACACAUAAAGGUGGAAGACCCCUCAACACUGGGGCAGCUCUCCAGUUUGUUAUGGACAAUGUCUUUACUGCUUCUUCUGGUAGCAGACGUCUUGAGGGUGUGCCCCAGGUUUUAAUUCUGCUGACUGGUGGAAGGUCCAGAGAUGAUGUUGGGGCUUCAGCAACUGCUCUAAAAGGGCUUGGGGUUGUGCCUUUUGGUAUUGGAACAAGAAAUGCAGAUACUAGGGAGCUGCAAACAAUUUCAUACAACCCUACUUUUGUUCUUUCUGUUUCUGACUUCUCUGACCUUCCAAAUAUCCAGCAGCAACUUGUAUCCUCUGUGACAAAAGUUGCCAGAGAGAGAACAACAGAGACACCAACAGUCGUAGUUGAAAGAGAUUCUGCCCAAAGAGAUGUUGUGUUUCUGCUUGAUGGUUCUGAUGCCACUAGAAAUGGAUUCCCAGCAAUCCGUGAUUUUGUUCGAAGAGUAGUGGAGAACAUGGAUGUGCAGGAAAACAUAGAUCAAGUCGCUGUGGUGCAGUACAGUAAUGAUGCAGCAGCAGCUUUCUACCUGAAUACAUAUUCAACCAAGGAUGAUGUCCUUAAUACCAUCAGAGGCCUGACCCAUAAAGGUGGAAGACCCCUCAACACUGGGGCAGCUCUCCAGUUUGUUAUGGACAAUGUCUUUACUGCUUCUUCUGGUAGCAGACGUCUUGAGGGUGUGCCCCAGGUUUUAAUUCUGCUGACUGGUGGAAGGUCCAGAGAUGAUGUUGGAGCUUCAGCAACUGCUCUAAAAGAGCUUGGGGUUGUGCCUUUUGGUAUUGGAACAAGAAAUGCAGAUACUAGGGAGCUGCAAACAAUUUCAUACUACCCUACUUUUGCUCUUUCUGUUUCUGACUUCUCUGACCUUCCAAAUAUCCAGCAGCAACUUGUAUCCUCUGUGACAAAAGUUGCCAUAGAGAGAACAACAGGAACACCAACAAUCAUAGUUGACAAAGAAGGUGCCCAAAGGGAUGUUGUGUUUCUGCUUGACGGGUCUGAUGAUACUAGGAGUGGAUUCCCAGCAAUCCGUGAUUUUGUUCGAAGAGUAGUGGAGAACAUGGAUGUGCAGGAAAACAAAGAUCAAGUUGCUGUGGUGCAGUACAGUAAUGACCCAGAAGCAAAUUUCUACCUGAAUACAUACUCAACCAAGGAUGAUGUCCUUAAUACCAUCAGAGGCCUGACACAUAAAGGUGGAAGACCCCUCAACACUGGGGCAGCUCUCCAGUUUGUUAUGGACAAUGUCUUUACUGCUUCUUCUGGUAGCAGACGUCUUGAGGGUGUGCCCCAGGUUUUAAUUCUGCUGACUGGUGGAAGGUCCAGAGAUGAUGUUGGGGCUUCAGCAACUGCUCUAAAAGGGCUUGGGGUUGUGCCUUUUGGUAUUGGAACAAGAAAUGCAGAUACUAGGGAGCUGCAAACAAUUUCAUACAACCCUACUUUUGUUCUUUCUGUUUCUGACUUCUCUGACCUUCCAAAUAUCCAGCAGCAACUUGUAUCCUCUGUGACAAAAGUUGCCAGAGAGAGAACAACAGAGACACCAACAGUCGUAGUUGAAAGAGAUUCUGCCCAAAGAGAUGUUGUGUUUCUGCUUGAUGGUUCUGAUGCCACUAGAAAUGGAUUCCCAGCAAUCCGUGAUUUUGUUCGAAGAGUAGUGGAGAACAUGGAUGUGCAGGAAAACAAAGAUCAAGUCGCUGUGGUGCAGUACAGUAAUGAUGCAGCAGCAGCUUUCUACCUGAAUACAUAUUCAACCAAGGAUGAUGUCCUUAAUACCAUCAGAGGCCUGACCCAUAAAGGUGGAAGACCCCUCAACACUGGGGCAGCUCUCCAGUUUGUUAUGGACAAUGUCUUUACUGCUUCUUCUGGUAGCAGACGUCUUGAGGGUGUGCCCCAGGUUUUAAUUCUGCUGACUGGUGGAAGGUCCAGAGAUGAUGUUGGAGCUUCAGCAACUGCUCUAAAAGAGCUUGGGGUUGUGCCUUUUGGUAUUGGAACAAGAAAUGCAGAUACUAGGGAGCUGCAAACAAUUUCAUACUACCCUACUUUUGCUCUUUCUGUUUCUGACUUCUCUGACCUUCCAAAUAUCCAGCAGCAACUUGUAUCCUCUGUGACAAAAGUUGCCAUAGAGAGAACAACAGGAACACCAACAAUCAUAGUUGACAAAGAAGGUGCCCAAAGGGAUGUUGUGUUUCUGCUUGACGGGUCUGAUGAUACUAGGAGUGGAUUCCCAGCAAUCCGUGAUUUUGUUCGAAGAGUAGUGGAGAACAUGGAUGUGCAGGAAAACAAAGAUCAAGUUGCUGUGGUGCAGUACAGUAAUGACCCAGAAGCAAAUUUCUACCUGAAUACAUACUCAACCAAGGAUGAUGUCCUUAAUACAAUCCGAGGCCUGACACAUAAAGGUGGAAGACCCCUCAACACUGGGGCAGCUCUCCAGUUUGUUAUGGACAAUGUCUUUACUGCUUCUUCUGGUAGCAGACGUCUUGAGGGUGUGCCCCAGGUUUUAAUUCUGCUGACUGGUGGAAGGUCCAGAGAUGAUGUUGGGGCUUCAGCAACUGCUCUAAAAGGGCUUGGGGUUGUGCCUUUUGGUAUUGGAACAAGAAAUGCAGAUACUAGGGAGCUGCAAACAAUUUCAUACAACCCUACUUUUGUUCUUUCUGUUUCUGACUUCUCUGACCUUCCAAAUAUCCAGCAGCAACUUGUAUCCUCUGUGACAAAAGUUGCCAGAGAGAGAACAACAGAGACACCAACAGUCGUAGUUGAAAGAGAUUCUGCCCAAAGAGAUGUUGUGUUUCUGCUUGAUGGUUCUGAUGCCACUAGAAAUGGAUUCCCAGCAAUCCGUGAUUUUGUUCGAAGAGUAGUGGAGAACAUGGAUGUGCAGGAAAACAAAGAUCAAGUCGCUGUGGUGCAGUACAGUAAUGAUGCAGCAGCAGCUUUCUACCUGAAUACAUACUCAACCAAGGAUGAUGUCCUUAAUACCAUCAGAGGCCUGACACAUAAAGGUGGAAGACCCCUCAACACUGGGGCAGCUCUCCAGUUUGUUAUGGACAAUGUCUUUACUGCUUCUUCUGGUAGCAGACGUCUUGAGGGUGUGCCCCAGGUUUUAAUUCUGCUGACUGGUGGAAGGUCCAGAGAUGAUGUUGGAGCUUCAGCAACUGCUCUAAAAGAGCUUGGGGUUGUGCCUUUUGGUAUUGGAACAAGAAAUGCAGAUACUAGGGAGCUGCAAACAAUUUCAUACUACCCUACUUUUGCUCUUUCUGUUUCUGACUUCUCUGACCUUCCAAAUAUCCAGCAGCAACUUGUAUCCUCUGUGACAAAAGUUGCCAUAGAGAGAACAACAGGAACACCAACAAUCAUAGUUGACAAAGAAGGUGCCCAAAGGGAUGUUGUGUUUCUGCUUGACGGGUCUGAUGAUACUAGGAGUGGAUUCCCAGCAAUCCGUGAUUUUGUUCGAAGAGUAGUGGAGAACAUGGAUGUGCAGGAAAACAAAGAUCAAGUUGCUGUGGUGCAGUACAGUAAUGACCCAGAAGCAAAUUUCUACCUGAAUACAUACUCAACCAAGGAUGAUGUCCUUAAUACAAUCCGAGGCCUGACACAUAAAGGUGGAAGACCCCUCAACACUGGGGCAGCUCUCCAGUUUGUUAUGGACAAUGUCUUUACUGCUUCUUCUGGUAGCAGACGUCUUGAGGGUGUGCCCCAGGUUUUAAUUCUGCUGACUGGUGGAAGGUCCAGAGAUGAUGUUGGGGCUUCAGCAACUGCUCUAAAAGGGCUUGGGGUUGUGCCUUUUGGUAUUGGAACAAGAAAUGCAGAUACUAGGGAGCUGCAAACAAUUUCAUACAACCCUACUUUUGUUCUUUCUGUUUCUGACUUCUCUGACCUUCCAAAUAUCCAGCAGCAACUUGUAUCCUCUGUGACAAAAGUUGCCAUAGAGAGAACAACAGGAACACCAACAAUCAUAGUUGACAAAGAAGGUGCCCAAAGGGAUGUUGUGUUUCUGCUUGACGGGUCUGAUGAUACUAGGAGUGGAUUCCCAGCAAUCCGUGAUUUUGUUCGAAGAGUAGUGGAGAACAUGGAUGUGCAGGAAAACAAAGAUCAAGUUGCUGUGGUGCAGUACAGUAAUGACCCAGAAGCAAAUUUCUACCUGAAUACAUACUCAACCAAGGAUGAUGUCCUUAAUACAAUCCGAGGCCUGACACAUAAAGGUGGAAGACCCCUCAACACUGGGGCAGCUCUCCAGUUUGUUAUGGACAAUGUCUUUACUGCUUCUUCUGGUAGCAGACGUCUUGAGGGUGUGCCCCAGGUUUUAAUUCUGCUGACUGGUGGAAGGUCCAGAGAUGAUGUUGGGGCUUCAGCAACUGCUCUAAAAGGGCUUGGGGUUGUGCCUUUUGGUAUUGGAACAAGAAAUGCAGAUACUAGGGAGCUGCAAACAAUUUCAUACAACCCUACUUUUGUUCUUUCUGUUUCUGACUUCUCUGACCUUCCAAAUAUCCAGCAGCAACUUGUAUCCUCUGUGACAAAAGUUGCCAGAGAGAGAACAACAGAGACACCAACAGUCGUAGUUGAAAGAGAUUCUGCCCAAAGAGAUGUUGUGUUUCUGCUUGAUGGUUCUGAUGCCACUAGAAAUGGAUUCCCAGCAAUCCGUGAUUUUGUUCGAAGAGUAGUGGAGAACAUGGAUGUGCAGGAAAACAAAGAUCAAGUCGCUGUGGUGCAGUACAGUAAUGAUGCAGCAGCAGCUUUCUACCUGAAUACAUACUCAACCAAGGAUGAUGUCCUUAAUACCAUCAGAGGCCUGACACAUAAAGGUGGAAGACCCCUCAACACUGGGGCAGCUCUCCAGUUUGUUAUGGACAAUGUCUUUACUGCUUCUUCUGGUAGCAGACGUCUUGAGGGUGUGCCCCAGGUUUUAAUUCUGCUGACUGGUGGAAGGUCCAGAGAUGAUGUUGGAGCUUCAGCAACUGCUCUAAAAGAGCUUGGGGUUGUGCCUUUUGGUAUUGGAACAAGAAAUGCAGAUACUAGGGAGCUGCAAACAAUUUCAUACUACCCUACUUUUGCUCUUUCUGUUUCUGACUUCUCUGACCUUCCAAAUAUCCAGCAGCAACUUGUAUCCUCUGUGACAAAAGUUGCCAUAGAGAGAACAACAGGAACACCAACAAUCAUAGUUGACAAAGAAGGUGCCCAAAGGGAUGUUGUGUUUCUGCUUGACGGGUCUGAUGAUACUAGGAGUGGAUUCCCAGCAAUCCGUGAUUUUGUUCGAAGAGUAGUGGAGAACAUGGAUGUGCAGGAAAACAAAGAUCAAGUUGCUGUGGUGCAGUACAGUAAUGACCCAGAAGCAAAUUUCUACCUGAAUACAUACUCAACCAAGGAUGAUGUCCUUAAUACAAUCCGAGGCCUGACACAUAAAGGUGGAAGACCCCUCAACACUGGGGCAGCUCUCCAGUUUGUUAUGGACAAUGUCUUUACUGCUUCUUCUGGUAGCAGACGUCUUGAGGGUGUGCCCCAGGUUUUAAUUCUGCUGACUGGUGGAAGGUCCAGAGAUGAUGUUGGGGCUUCAGCAACUGCUCUAAAAGGGCUUGGGGUUGUGCCUUUUGGUAUUGGAACAAGAAAUGCAGAUACUAGGGAGCUGCAAACAAUUUCAUACAACCCUACUUUUGUUCUUUCUGUUUCUGACUUCUCUGACCUUCCAAAUAUCCAGCAGCAACUUGUAUCCUCUGUGACAAAAGUUGCCAGAGAGAGAACAACAGAGACACCAACAGUCGUAGUUGAAAGAGAUUCUGCCCAAAGAGAUGUUGUGUUUCUGCUUGAUGGUUCUGAUGCCACUAGAAAUGGAUUCCCAGCAAUCCGUGAUUUUGUUCGAAGAGUAGUGGAGAACAUGGAUGUGCAGGAAAACAAAGAUCAAGUCGCUGUGGUGCAGUACAGUAAUGAUGCAGCAGCAGCUUUCUACCUGAAUACAUACUCAACCAAGGAUGAUGUCCUUAAUACCAUCAGAGGCCUGACACAUAAAGGUGGAAGACCCCUCAACACUGGGGCAGCUCUCCAGUUUGUUAUGGACAAUGUCUUUACUGCUUCUUCUGGUAGCAGACGUCUUGAGGGUGUGCCCCAGGUUUUAAUUCUGCUGACUGGUGGAAGGUCCAGAGAUGAUGUUGGAGCUUCAGCAACUGCUCUAAAAGAGCUUGGGGUUGUGCCUUUUGGUAUUGGAACAAGAAAUGCAGAUACUAGGGAGCUGCAAACAAUUUCAUACUACCCUACUUUUGCUCUUUCUGUUUCUGACUUCUCUGACCUUCCAAAUAUCCAGCAGCAACUUGUAUCCUCUGUGACAAAAGUUGCCAUAGAGAGAACAACAGGAACACCAACAAUCAUAGUUGACAAAGAAGGUGCCCAAAGGGAUGUUGUGUUUCUGCUUGACGGGUCUGAUGAUACUAGGAGUGGAUUCCCAGCAAUCCGUGAUUUUGUUCGAAGAGUAGUGGAGAACAUGGAUGUGCAGGAAAACAAAGAUCAAGUUGCUGUGGUGCAGUACAGUAAUGACCCAGAAGCAAAUUUCUACCUGAAUACAUACUCAACCAAGGAUGAUGUCCUUAAUACAAUCCGAGGCCUGACACAUAAAGGUGGAAGACCCCUCAACACUGGGGCAGCUCUCCAGUUUGUUCUGGACAAUGUCUUUACUGCUUCUUCUGGUAGCAGACGUCUUGAGGGUGUGCCCCAGGUUUUAAUUCUGCUGACUGGUGGAAGGUCCAGAGAUGAUGUUGGGGCUUCAGCAACUGCUCUAAAAGGGCUUGGGGUUGUGCCUUUUGGUAUUGGAACAAGAAAUGCAGAUACUAGGGAGCUGCAAACAAUUUCAUACAACCCUACUUUUGUUCUUUCUGUUUCUGACUUCUCUGACCUUCCAAAUAUCCAGCAGCAACUUGUAUCCUCUGUGACAAAAGUUGCCAGAGAGAGAACAACAGAGACACCAACAGUCGUAGUUGAAAGAGAUUCUGCCCAAAGAGAUGUUGUGUUUCUGCUUGAUGGUUCUGAUGCCACUAGAAAUGGAUUCCCAGCAAUCCGUGAUUUUGUUCGAAGAGUAGUGGAGAACAUGGAUGUGCAGGAAAACAAAGAUCAAGUCGCUGUGGUGCAGUACAGUAAUGAUGCAGCAGCAGCUUUCUACCUGAAUACAUAUUCAACCAAGGAUGAUGUCCUUAAUACCAUCAGAGGCCUGACCCAUAAAGGUGGAAGACCCCUCAACACUGGGGCAGCUCUCCAGUUUGUUAUGGACAAUGUCUUUACUGCUUCUUCUGGUAGCAGACGUCUUGAGGGUGUGCCCCAGGUUUUAAUUCUGCUGACUGGUGGAAGGUCCAGAGAUGAUGUUGGAGCUUCAGCAACUGCUCUAAAAGAGCUUGGGGUUGUGCCUUUUGGUAUUGGAACAAGAAAUGCAGAUACUAGGGAGCUGCAAACAAUUUCAUACUACCCUACUUUUGCUCUUUCUGUUUCUGACUUCUCUGACCUUCCAAAUAUCCAGCAGCAACUUGUAUCCUCUGUGACAAAAGUUGCCAUAGAGAGAACAACAGGAACACCAACAAUCAUAGUUGACAAAGAAGGUGCCCAAAGGGAUGUUGUGUUUCUGCUUGACGGGUCUGAUGAUACUAGGAGUGGAUUCCCAGCAAUCCGUGAUUUUGUUCGAAGAGUAGUGGAGAACAUGGAUGUGCAGGAAAACAAAGAUCAAGUUGCUGUGGUGCAGUACAGUAAUGACCCAGAAGCAAAUUUCUACCUGAAUACAUACUCAACCAAGGAUGAUGUCCUUAAUACAAUCCGAGGCCUGACACAUAAAGGUGGAAGACCCCUCAACACUGGGGCAGCUCUCCAGUUUGUUCUGGACAAUGUCUUUACUGCUUCUUCUGGUAGCAGACGUCUUGAGGGUGUGCCCCAGGUUUUAAUUCUGCUGACUGGUGGAAGGUCCAGAGAUGAUGUUGGGGCUUCAGCAACUGCUCUAAAAGGGCUUGGGGUUGUGCCUUUUGGUAUUGGAACAAGAAAUGCAGAUACUAGGGAGCUGCAAACAAUUUCAUACAACCCUACUUUUGUUCUUUCUGUUUCUGACUUCUCUGACCUUCCAAAUAUCCAGCAGCAACUUGUAUCCUCUGUGACAAAAGUUGCCAGAGAGAGAACAACAGAGACACCAACAGUCGUAGUUGAAAGAGAUUCUGCCCAAAGAGAUGUUGUGUUUCUGCUUGAUGGUUCUGAUGCCACUAGAAAUGGAUUCCCAGCAAUCCGUGAUUUUGUUCGAAGAGUAGUGGAGAACAUGGAUGUGCAGGAAAACAAAGAUCAAGUCGCUGUGGUGCAGUACAGUAAUGAUGCAGCAGCAGCUUUCUACCUGAAUACAUAUUCAACCAAGGAUGAUGUCCUUAAUACCAUCAGAGGCCUGACCCAUAAAGGUGGAAGACCCCUCAACACUGGGGCAGCUCUCCAGUUUGUUAUGGACAAUGUCUUUACUGCUUCUUCUGGUAGCAGACGUCUUGAGGGUGUGCCCCAGGUUUUAAUUCUGCUGACUGGUGGAAGGUCCAGAGAUGAUGUUGGAGCUUCAGCAACUGCUCUAAAAGAGCUUGGGGUUGUGCCUUUUGGUAUUGGAACAAGAAAUGCAGAUACUAGGGAGCUGCAAACAAUUUCAUACUACCCUACUUUUGCUCUUUCUGUUUCUGACUUCUCUGACCUUCCAAAUAUCCAGCAGCAACUUGUAUCCUCUGUGACAAAAGUUGCCAUAGAGAGAACAACAGGAACACCAACAAUCAUAGUUGACAAAGAAGGUGCCCAAAGGGAUGUUGUGUUUCUGCUUGACGGGUCUGAUGAUACUAGGAGUGGAUUCCCAGCAAUCCGUGAUUUUGUUCGAAGAGUAGUGGAGAACAUGGAUGUGCAGGAAAACAAAGAUCAAGUUGCUGUGGUGCAGUACAGUAAUGACCCAGAAGCAAAUUUCUACCUGAAUACAUACUCAACCAAGGAUGAUGUCCUUAAUACAAUCCGAGGCCUGACACAUAAAGGUGGAAGACCCCUCAACACUGGGGCAGCUCUCCAGUUUGUUCUGGACAAUGUCUUUACUGCUUCUUCUGGUAGCAGACGUCUUGAGGGUGUGCCCCAGGUUUUAAUUCUGCUGACUGGUGGAAGGUCCAGAGAUGAUGUUGGGGCUUCAGCAACUGCUCUAAAAGGGCUUGGGGUUGUGCCUUUUGGUAUUGGAACAAGAAAUGCAGAUACUAGGGAGCUGCAAACAAUUUCAUACAACCCUACUUUUGUUCUUUCUGUUUCUGACUUCUCUGACCUUCCAAAUAUCCAGCAGCAACUUGUAUCCUCUGUGACAAAAGUUGCCAGAGAGAGAACAACAGAGACACCAACAGUCGUAGUUGAAAGAGAUUCUGCCCAAAGGGAUGUUGUGUUUCUGCUUGAUGGUUCUGAUGCCACUAGAAAUGGAUUCCCAGCAAUCCGUGAUUUUGUUCGAAGAGUAGUGGAGAACAUGGAUGUGCAGGAAAACAAAGAUCAAGUCGCUGUGGUGCAGUACAGUAAUGAUGCAGCAGCAGCUUUCUACCUGAAUACAUAUUCAACCAAGGAUGAUGUCCUUAAUACCAUCAGAGGCCUGACCCAUAAAGGUGGAAGACCCCUCAACACUGGGGCAGCUCUCCAGUUUGUUAUGGACAAUGUCUUUACUGCUUCUUCUGGUAGCAGACGUCUUGAGGGUGUGCCCCAGGUUUUAAUUCUGCUGACUGGUGGAAGGUCCAGAGAUGAUGUUGGAGCUUCAGCAACUGCUCUAAAAGAGCUUGGGGUUGUGCCUUUUGGUAUUGGAACAAGAAAUGCAGAUACUAGGGAGCUGCAAACAAUUUCAUACAACCCUACUUUUGCUCUUUCUGUUUCUGACUUCUCUGACCUUCCAAAUAUCCAGCAGCAACUUGUAUCCUCUGUGACAAAAGUUGCCAGAGAGAGAACAACAGAGACACCAACAGUCGUAGUUGAAAGAGAUUCUGCCCAAAGAGAUGUUGUGUUUCUGCUUGAUGGUUCUGAUGCCACUAGAAAUGGAUUCCCAGCAAUCCGUGAUUUUGUUCGAAGAGUAGUGGAGAACAUGGAUGUGCAGGAAAACAAAGAUCAAGUCGCUGUGGUGCAGUACAGUAAUGAUGCAGCAGCAGCUUUCUACCUGAAUACAUACUCAACCAAGGAUGAUGUCCUUAAUACCAUCAGAGGCCUGACCCAUAAAGGUGGAAGACCCCUCAACACUGGGGCAGCUCUCCAGUUUGUUAUGGACAAUGUCUUUACUGCUUCUUCUGGUAGCAGACGUCUUGAGGGUGUGCCCCAGGUUUUAAUUCUGCUGACUGGUGGAAGGUCCAGAGAUGAUGUUGGGGCUUCAGCAACUGCUCUAAAAGGGCUUGGGGUUGUGCCUUUUGGUAUUGGAACAAGAAAUGCAGAUACUAGGGAGCUGCAAACAAUUUCAUACAACCCUACUUUUGCUCUUUCUGUUUCUGACUUCUCUGACCUUCCAAACAUCCAGCAGCAACUUCUAACCUCCGUGACAAAAGUUGCCAGAGAGAGAACAACAGAGACACCAACAGUCGUAGUUGAAAGAGAUUCUGCCCAAAGAGAUGUUGUGUUUCUGCUUGAUGGUUCUGAUGCCACUAGAAAUGGAUUCCCAGCAAUCCGUGAUUUUGUUCGAAGAGUAGUGGAGAACAUGGAUGUGCAGGAUAACAAAGAUCAAGUCUCUGUGGUGCAGUACAGUAAUGAUGCAGCAGCAGCUUUCUACCUGAAUACAUAUUCAACCAAGGAUGAUGUCCUUAAUACCAUCAGAGGCCUGACACAUAAAGGUGGAAGACCCCUCAACACUGGGGCAGCCCUCCAGUUUGUUAUUGACAAUGUCUUUACUGCUUCUUCUGGUAGCAGACGUCUUGAGGGUGUGCCCCAGGUUUUAAUUCUGCUGACUAGUGGAAGGUCCAGAGAUGAUGUUGGGGCUGCAGCAACUGCUCUAAAAGGGCUUGGGGUUGUGCCUUUUAGUAUUGGAACAAGAAAUGCAGAUACCAGGGAGUUACAAACAAUUUCAUACAAUCCUGCUUUUGCUCUUUCUGUUUCUGACUUCUCUGACCUUCCAAACAUCCAGCAGCAACUUGUAUCCUCUGUGAUAAAAGUUGCUAGAGAGAGAACAAAAGAUACACCAACAGUCAUAGUUGAAAUGGAAGGUGCAAAAAAGGAUGUCAUCUUCCUGAUCGAUGGCUCUGAUGAUGUUGGACGCGACUUCCCCACAAUUCAAGAGUUUGUCCGAAGAGUUGUGGAAAAUCUUAAUGUUGCCGAAAAUAAGAUCCGUGUAGCUGUGGUCCAGUACAGUGACACUCCCAAUGCUGAUCUGUACCUGAAUUCACAUACAACCAAACAAGGGGUUCUUAAUGCUGUGAAGGGACUGAGACACAAAGGUGGAAGGCCACUUAAUACUGGUGCAGCGCUUACUUUUGUAAAGAAUAAUGUAAUUUCCCCUUCAUCUGGUAGCAGAAUCCGUGAAGGUGUUCCCCAGUUUUUAAUUGUUGUUACAGGAGGACCAUCACGUGAUGAUGUACAAGGUCCAGCAACAACUCUUAAACAAGCUGGGGUUGUACCCUUUGGUAUAGGAACCAGAAAUGCUGAUUCCAAAGAGCUGCAAAUUAUUUCCUAUAAUUCUCGGUUUGUUUAUCCAGUUUCUGAAUUCCGUGACAUCUACAGUGUCCAACAACAACUAAUAUCCUCCUUGACAGAAUUGUCUAAAGAAGAAAUUGAUCGUGAAGGUCCGACUUAUCAGGUUGAAGCUUUCCAAGACAGUGACAAGAGGGACGUUGUGUUUUUAGUUGAUGGCACAUCCGCAGUGAGGAAUGAUUUAGGUAGCAUCCGCGACCUGAUUACUAGAGUGGUAAAUCAGUUGGAUGUUGGUUUGGACAAAGUGCGAAUCUCUGUGGUGCAAUACAGUGAUGAUGCCAAGGUGGAGUUCCUACUCAGCGAACACUCGACCAAAGAAGAGGUUCUCAAUGCAGUCAAGAGAAUCAGAAACAAAGGUGGCAACAAGUUGAACACCGGCAAGGCGCUAGAGUAUGUUUCCAGAAACAUCUUCCAGAGGUUUGCAGGCAGUAGGAUAGAAGAAAGCGUCCCUCAGUUCCUGAUUCUCCUCACUGGGGGAAGGUCUGCAGAUGAUGUUUUCGAUCCUGCCGAAAGGUUAAAGAAGAACAACGUGGCUCCUUUUACCAUCGGAGCGAAGAAUGCUGAUGAAGAGGAGUUAAAGAUGAUAUCUCUCUCUCCUGAAUACUCUUACACUGUAAACGAGUUCCGUGAUCUGACCAACAUUGAUCAGCAGCUGCUGACAUCUGUAAAGACAUUAAGUGCCACUGAUAUCAGACAGAAGAUCCCCCCGGUUACAACUGAAGUGAUUUCUAAUCUUGGGAAAAAGGACAUAAUUUUCCUUAUCGAUGGAUCUGACAGUGUUGGCGGGGAUGGCAUUGCGCAUAUUCGAGACUUCAUGAUCCAGGUCCUCCAGCAGCUUGAUAUUGGUCCUAACCAGAUACAAGUUGCCGUGGUGCAGUAUAGCCGUACCCAGAAAACAGAAUUCUCUCUGAACACCCAUUCUAACAAGAGAGCUGUGAUAAAUGCAGUGAGAAGACUUCGCCAAAUGGGUGGCUCCGUUGUCAAUCUGGCUGAGGCAAUAGACUAUGUUGUGAGAAAGGAACUGAAGGCAGCAAAUGGAGCCAGAAUGGAUGCCUCACAGCACUUAGUGGUACUCACUGGAGGGAGAUCCCAAACUGACGUGAGCAAAUAUGGCGAUCUGUUAAGAAGAACAAAUGUCAACUGUAUAGGAAUUGGUGCCAAGAAUGCAGAUGGAAGACAACUGGCUGAAAUUGCCACCUCCAGUGAAGAUGUUCUUCAAGUAAGCGACUUCCCAAACCUUCCUGGAAUUCAGGACAAGUUCAUUGCAAGACUGAGCGGAACAGCGCUGCCAGCACCUACUGAACCUACUGACUAUGGAUAUGGUGACCCGAAGCCAAAAGUUGCAGAUAUUGUGUUUUUAGUGGAUGGCUCCAAUAAUUUCAACAAGGCCGACUUUGAUCAUAUAAUGCAAUUCAUUAUUGGCUUGGUUGACAUCUUUGAUGUCAAGGACUCCAUACAGAUUGCUUUGGCACAGUACACCAAGGACGUAACCGAUGAGUUUUUCUUUAACACUUACACGUCCAAAGAUGACAUUGUAGCAGCAAUCGAGAAUACGAACUACAGAGGGGGAGGGAGGGGGAUCAACACAGGGGCUGCCAUUAAGCACAUUCAGGACAGGCAUUUCAUAAAGGCUGCAGGGAGCAGGGCGCAUGAAGGCAUCCCACAAAUUGCUUUGAUUGUGACAGGCGGGAAGUCCCAAGACGAUGGGGGUGCGGCAGCACUGGCCCUUAGAGGAACUGGUGUGCGGAUGUACGCCGUCGGAGUCGGAGAUACUGUCAGUGAAAUCAACAAGCUGGCAAGUGAAAAAACAACAGUCUUUAGGGCUUCAACAGCCCAAGGCUCGGAGCUGAGUGAACAGCUCCUGGUGAUACUUGCUGAUGAAAUGAAGGGGAAAAAAAUCUGCACUGGAGCUCCAGAGAUUACAAAAGAUUGUAAACUUGAGGUCUUGGUAGGAUUUGAUGUCUCCAAUGUGGGUGCCGGGCAGAACAUUUUUGCAGUCCAGAGAGGACUUGAGUCCAAGAUGGAGGCAAUCUUACAGAGGAUUUCACAGAUGAGGGUGACCAGCUGCUCUGGCUCCCAGGUCCCCUCUGUGCGGGUUGGUCUUCUGGCACUAACCUCAGCUGGGCAGCAGGUCGGUUUCGACUUCUCCGAGUACAAGCAAGGGCUGUACGAGCAGUUCAGAGCACUGCGCACUCGCGGACCAUACAUUCUGUCUACAAAGACUGUGGAUGCAUACAGGGACAAGUUCGUAGCCAGCGGCACACCUGGAGCUGUCAAGGUGGUAAUCCACCUCACCGAUGGCCUGGAGGAUGGGUUUGCUGCAAUGAAAGCACGUGUGGAAGCACUUCGUUCAGCAGAUGUGAGUGCCUUCAUCCUGGUCGGCCUGGAGCGGGUGUCUGAUUUUGAAAACGCAGUGCUGCUGGAGUUUGGUCGUGGAUUCAGAUACUCCAGACCGCUCCGGAUAAACCUGCUGGAUUUAGACUAUGAGUUGUCAGAGGAACUGGACAACGUUGCUGAACGUGAAUGCUGCGGAGUGCCGUGUAAGUGCACCGGCCAAAGAGGAGACAGAGGCCCGCCAGGAAUCCCUGGAAUAAAGGGUAUGCCAGGAGGAUUAGGAUACGCAGGUCACCCAGGUGAUGAAGGAGGACCAGGCGAGAGGGGUCCUCCAGGCGUGAAUGGAACCCAAGGCUUCCAAGGGUGCCCAGGACAGAGAGGUGUUAAGGGUUCUCGAGGAUACUCAGGAGAGAAGGGUGAAAUUGGAGAAAUUGGUUUAGAUGGAAUAGAUGGAGAAGAGGGGACCCGAGGGGUGGCAGGUCCUCCGGGAGAUAGAGGAAACCCUGGAAGACAGGGUCCAAAGGGCAUCAAGGGAGAAAGAGGUGACAGAGGGGACACAGGUCUGCGAGGUGACCCUGGUAAUUCUGGAAUAGACAACACUCAGAGAGGACCAAGGGGAGAGAAAGGAGAGAUGGGACCAAUGGGAGAUCCUGGUGAGGAUGGUGGCAAGGGAACACCUGGAGUAGCAGGAAAGAAGGGAUCCUUUGGAAGACGAGGACCUCCUGGACCACAAGGUACCAAAGGUACCCCAGGACCCCGGGGUUCCGCUGGAGACCAAGGAACGAGAGGUUCACAGGGCCCAAUAGGGCCUACUGGAGCCCCUGGAAUCAGAGGAGAGAGUGGCAACCCAGGACCAAGGGGACCAGGAGGACCUGUGGGACUGGCUGGAGACCGUGGCAGGCCUGGCCCUGCUGGAAGAAAGGGUGAGCCAGGUGAUCCAGGGGACAAGGGAGUCACAGGGCCUGUGGGUCCUCGCGGAGAAUCAGGUGAAGAUGGUCGAGAUGGUUUCGGAACGCCUGGUCCCAAAGGAAAAAAAGGUGACCCAGGAUUCCCUGGAUAUCCAGGUCCAAAGGGAGAGGCUGGCGAUUUUGGAUCCAGAGGGGGACUUGGUCCGAAAGGAAACCGGGGCCAAAGGGGAAAUGCAGGGAACCCUGGUGACCCUGGACAAAAAGGAGAGGGUGGAUUCCCAGGACCAUACGGCCAGAAAGGACCAAGAGGGCCAGGUGUUGUGCAAUGUGACCUUGUCAGGAACAUUAAAGAAAAUUGCCCUUGCUGCUAUGGUGCACAGGAGUGCCCUUUGUACCCAACCGAGCUGGCAUUCGCCAUUGAUAAUUCCCAAGGUGUUACUAGGGAGGUGUUCAACCGUAUGAAGCGCAGCAUUCUGAACAUUGUGCGCAACCUCACCAUCGCCGAGAGCAACUGCCCGCGGGGGGCGCGGGUCGCCGUGGUGACCUACAACAACGAGGUGAUGACGGAGAUUCGCUUCUCUGACAAUCACAAGAAGAAGACCCUGAUCCAGCAGAUCGAGGGCCUGCAGCACCUGCAGACCAGCAAGGAGCGCAGCCUGGAGAGCGCCAUGAACUUUGUGGCCAGGAACACAUUCAAGCGGGUGCGCAGCGGCUUCCUCAUGAGGAAAGUGGCCAUCUUCUUCAGCAACGGGCCCACCAAGAGCUCCCCCACACUCAGCGCUGCCACCAUGAAGCUCUACGAAGCAGGGAUCUCCUCUGUCUUCCUCACCAACCGGGAUGAUGGGGUGCUGAACCGAGCUGUGCAGAUCAACGGCACUGGACUGGCACAAGUUCUUGUGCUUCCUUCUGGACCAGCACAAUUCAACCAAACCAUCCAAAAAGUUAUUAACUGCCACGUCUGUUUAGAUUUCUGCAGCCCUGAUUCCACCUGUGACUUCAUACUCCCUCAAACCACGAGAGAUAGGAGGUCCCCCACAACGGACGUCGACAUUGAUAUCGCCUUCCUUAUGGACAGCUCCGAGAGCACCAGUCCGAGACAGUUUGUGGAGAUGAAACGGUAUGUCUCCCACAUCGUAGACCAGCUGGAAAUUGCAUCAGACCCCAAAACAUCUGAGCACCAUGCCCGAGUAUCUGUUGUCCAGCACGCCCCCUACGAAUAUAAACAGAACAGAAUCCUGCCGCCAGCCAAGGUGGACAUCAGACUGACGGAAUACGGAUCAAAAGAGGACAUCAGGAACUUCCUUCAGAACAAAAUGCCCCAGCUGGAAGGGGUGCGGGCCCUGGGCAGUGCCAUAAAGUACACCAUCGAGCAUGUCUUCGAGGCGGUGCCACAUCCCCGCAACCUGAAGGUGAUUGUGCUGAUGGUGACGGGAGAAGUGAUGGAGGAUGAGGCUGAGAGACUGCAGAAGAUCGUGGUCGAUGCCAAGUGCAAAGGCUUCUUCAUUGUGGUGCUGGGCAUCGGCAGCAAAGUGAGCAUCCAGGACCUCUCAGUCCUGGCCAGUGAACCCACCGAUGUCUUCUUUAAGAGAGUCGAGAGGUCAUCUGACUUUUACGAAGAGCGUAUGCAGCUAUUUGGCCGUUUGCUCCCUAAACUUGUUAGUGCUGAAAACGCCUUCUACCUGCCUCCAGAGAUCAGCAAGAACUGUGACUGGUUCCAAAGUGACCAGCCCUGGAAGGGACCUUUCAGACACUCACAGAAGCACAUAAAGGGCAAGGAGAACCAAUCAGUUCCAGUGAAUACACACAAAGAAGUGGAGGCUGGCGAAAUACAAGCUGUUAACAUCAGUUCAACCAGCCUGGUCUUGCACUGGGUCAGCCCAGAUAGUAAGCAGGAUUACCAUUACGAAGUAAUCGUAAAGAAACUGGGAGACCACUCCCCCGUGCUGAGAAAGAAUGUGACGGGCAGCGAGCUGUUCAUCGAAGGACUGGACAGCAGCCAGCGGUAUCACGUAGUCAUCACUGGAUACCUCAGGACCCACGUCAAAGUCACAUACAAGGGGAUCAUCAGCACCAAAAAAGCUGAGAAUAAAGCUGCUGAGGCCAAUUUAAUUGUGAACACUGACCCGCUGGAGAUGCCAGAAACAGCUAAUGAGCAUACCGAUCCAUGUGCAUUUGAUUUUGACUCCGGAAUGCAGUGCAAAGAGUAUCAGGCUAAAUGGUUCUUUGACAAGAAAAGCGGGAUCUGUACCCAGUUCUGGUACGGUGGGUGCGGAGGGAAUGCCAAUAAAUUCGAGUCUGAAACCCAGUGCAUUAACCAGUGCUUAAACCCAUCCUCAGCGAGCAGAAUGCAGCAGCCUGAGCUAGAAGAUAAAUCAUUCCCAGUGGGGUAUGUUUGCCAGCUGCAGAAGGAGGAAGGCUCAUGUACGAAAUUCGUCCUGAAGUGGCACUUUGAUGCCCAGACAUCGAGCUGCACGCGGUUCUGGUAUGGAGGAUGCGGAGGAAAUGAAAACAGGUUCGAAACCCAGGCAGAGUGUGAGAAGGCCUGUGCUUCCGUGACGGUUAAUCCCAGGGUCCUGGCAGCGGUCGGAACCUAAGUGAAAAGUAAUGAACACCAACAUUUACCUCUGAAGAGAAUUUGGAGAUAACCACGGCCAACUAGAAGCUAAGGGAAUACUGAACCUUACACUGUACCUGCAGAUGCUUUUGAUACAAAGAGAAUCUUGAAGUAGUCUUUUUUUUUUUAAGAAAAGAAAAUGCUGCAUGAUUUGGCGUACUGGUGCUGAUGUGUUUGAUGAUCAGGUGCUGAAUUUGUCUGGAAUGUAAUGUAAACAUUAUGGAACAUUUACACUUCUCUUACGUCUUUUUAUUUUCCAUUCAUGGAUGACAUUUUUAUGCUUUAAAAUCUUUUUUUAUGAAUAUCUUAGUCAGAUGGGAAUCAAAAAAACAAAGUUUAUUCAAUAGGACAAAGAUUCUCUUUCUCACUGCACACAUACACAGUAAUUUUUAAUGCAUAGGAUGGUAUAUGUUAGACACAUUUUGGGCCAAUACUGGCCCAAAGACAUCACAAUUAAAGAUCUUCUUUCUAGCUGUUCUUUAUAUUAUUCUGUGUUAACUGAAAAGAUGUAUAUGAUGACGAUAAUGACAAUCACCCUCAGCUCAGUAUUGAGAAAUAGAAAAAAAUAUAUAGAUGCACUUCCGGGACACAAAACUUCAAACACAAAAGUUCCAGCGCUUAAAUAUGGAAUGUAAUUGUCAACAUUGUGUUCGGUUUUGCUCAUUUUUGACAGAAAAUAAAAAGUAGACUUUCUUAUAAAA